AUGCCAUCUUUUGAAGAAAUCGUCCACUCCCUUCGUCAUCCCGACGGCGAAAGCAGCCAGCCCCUUCCACGAGUUACUCUGGGCGCUGUUAACAAAGACGGCUCUUUCUACUAUGCAAAGGCCUUUGGAGAGGAAUCGGAUGAAAGUCUGGCAACGGAUGGAGUACACUUCAUCGCAUCAAGCACUAAAUUUGUCACCACUGUUGCCGUAAUGCAAUGCGUGGAGAGGGGGCAGCUGAAUCUAGACGCGGAUAUUUCCGACAUCUUACCCGAAUGGAAAAAUCCUCAAAUCCUAACAGGGUUCGACGAGCAGGAUAGACCAACAUUUCAAGCGGCUACCAAAGCCAUCACGCUAAGACAUCUUCUAACUCACUCGAGCGGUAUGACAUAUGUGCACAUGGAACCGCUCUUAACCCAUUACGACCAACUUCCAGGCGUUGAGCCUAGGCGUCCCCAAUCGCUUAAAGAAAGGUUUUACACAAUUCUGGUUGAGCGAGUUACUUCUAUGAGGCUAGGAGAGUAUAUGAAACGUUAUAUAUUCGACGUUGUAUCUGUGCAUGAUGCCACAUUUCAUCUGGAAGAACGAGAAGACCUACGAGAACGAAUGGUAAACCAGUGGGAAAGAGUGGGACAAGAACUGAAGAUCGGGAAAUGCCCGGCCGCAGACCCGGUCACCGAUGAUCUCGGUGGCGGUGGACUGUAUUCCACUGUGACCGAACUUCUCAAGAUCUACCAUGGCGUUCUGAGCGAGAAGUUCCUGUCCAGGGAAACAAUCGACUUGAUGUUUCAGCCACAUCUAGUUAACAUCCCAGGCCUUCAAAAUCAAGAUGACUACUCAAUCUCCUACCGCAACGCGAUUUACAACGCUAUCCCGCCUAGUACUCCCGUGAGCUUUGGACUUGGUGGCUUGAUCAACUUAUCUCCAAUACCAAACCGACGCUCAGAAAACUCACUCUCCUGGUCCGGAAUGUCGAACUGCUACUGGUGGAUUGAUAGUAAGAAGGGUAUUGCAGGUGUCUACCUAUCACAGCUUGUUCCGACAGGUGAUCAGCAAGCUAUUAAAUUAUUAACUGCAUUUGAGAAAUUUGUUUAUAUGAAUAUAUUAUAA